GAAUUUCAUUGGCUAGAGGAUUUUGAGGAUUUCCCCUGGUAAGUUAGUGGUCUGCAAUCAUCCUAAUAACCACCAAAACCAGUGGCUGGAGGGAGACGAAGCCUUGGAUCUGCACAACCAGAGGAGAAGCUGCCGCCAUUAGAGCUUCAAUGGAGAAGAGAACACCAGUUUUCCUUACCAGAUUGUUCAGAAAAAUCCCUCAAAACUCUGAAUUCAGUGAAGCAAAGGGUUGGGAGGAUACAGCAGAUGAUACCAGGUUUAAUGGUUGGGACUCAUCUUCUGCUUCUAGUAUUUCUGGAGMAAAAACCAAUGGAUGGUCCGAUGARCCACCUGAGAACGAUUAUAAUGGCUGGGGAUCGGUCUCGUUGCCGAGAUCUCACACUCCAGAAGCAACCAAAAAUGGAUGGGGAUACGAGAAGCCUGAAGAUGAGUACAACGGAUGGGGUUUGGGAUCCGGGUCUGGCGGCAAAGGGUGGAGUUCAGCUUGUAGAAGCGGUGGAUGGAUGGAUGAGCUGCCUGCAUGCGAUAAUAACGGGUGGGAUGUGCCUGAAUCUGAAGCAACUAAUAACGGAUGGGUGGGUGAGAAGCCUAAAGAUGAGUACAACGGAUGGGGAUCGCGAUCAGAGUCUGGCAGAAAAGGGAAGAGUUCWGCUGGUAGAAGCGGUGGAUGGAUGGAUGAGCUUCCUGAAGGCGAUUAUAACGGGUGGGAUGCACCUGAAUCCAAGCCCAUUAGCCAGGAAGCUGAAAUUGAUGUGAAUUCUCUUCCCAUUGCAAAAUCGACACCAUUAAAGGUCGAAUCUUGGGCUYCUCCACCACUUCCUUCAGCUCCACCAAUUCCCGACGGUGGUUUCAAUGAACACUCUGCCACCAACGAAGUCGGCAAUGGUGGUGCAUUGUGUGUGGUAUGUUGGGAAGCUCCAGUUGAGGGAGCUUGUGUACCUUGUGGACAUAUGGCUAGUUGUAUGACUUGUUUACAUGAGAUAGAAUCCAGAAAUGGAACUUGCCCUAUUUGUCGGUCCAAGAUUGAUAAGGUUAUAAGGAUCUAUGCAAUCUCAACCUAAUAAAGACCAGGUCUUGGGGCUGCAUCUCAUUCGUCACCAGUUCAAUUCUUCUCGGACUGUUGGAAAUUUAUUUGACUGUUGUCUUUAAAGGCCCAUGGGUUCAGUAAACGAGGUAUGUGUAAGCUGAUCUGGACAUCCAUGGUUACCAAAAACAAAAAGAACAUCGGGAUUCUUGUUGCAUGUCUUCMUCUGACAUCAUGAUCAUGGAAGACAAACACAUACAUCUACAUUGGUCACAGGUAUUCUUGCAUUUGCAUACUAUCAUCCAUUUUUUUAUAUGUGCAAUCUGUUAAAAUGGUUGUUGUAUCCCAAGAUUCAUAUACCCAGAUGGAGAUUGCAGGUUUAAGCUUAUUCCUUUAUAGGUUUUUUUUAGAUCUCUUUAUGUAAUGGGUGAACAUACAAAGAUGGUAUAUUCAUUAUGAAUAUAUAAAUUAAGUGAUA